CUCUCUCUCUCUCUUACCGCCAAAAUCAAAAACUCUAUUUUUCUCUCCUCUUGAUAUAGAUACAUAUACAACACACUCAUAUUAUAUAUACAACACUUUGCAAACCCUAAUUGUUUAUUUUGAAGUCUUUCUUGACCAUGGACCUAACAAUCUGUUCUGUUUUCUCUCUAUUUUGCAGGUUUUCUUCAAUCAAAGCUGAGAUCUUUGGUACCUCGUAUCUUAUGCUUUCGAAAUUAGGGAUUUUUGUGGUUGCUCUUCCAGAUGUUUCUCGGAAUCAUUAUUCUACAACUAAAAGCAUACGGCCAAUUCAAAGUUCGUUGUCUCCUGCAAAUACCCUGAUUUGAUAAGUGAGGAUUCAGGUAACUAUGUGUUUUUGUGUUCUGAUGACAAGUUCUACGGUAUUUGUUUAGUAAACCAGAGUCUGCAGCUAGUAUUUCAAGGUCAGAAGGUUUGUGCUUGUGAUAUUUGAGUGCAUUAAUUAUGGAGAACCAGGAUAUGGUUCUCGGGCAAAGACGUGAUUUAUUGGUGGCACAGAACCAACAUUUGGGUAUAAGACAUAAUGUGAUCAUUGGACAGGGUCAUGAUUUAGGGCUUGGAAAGACUGAUGACCAUGAUCUGGGUAUAGUUGAUGCAGAUGAUCAAGAAUUAGAGCUAGGUCAGGCCCAUGACCGUAAAAUGGUUCUGCGGCAUACCAAUGGUCAUAGCAAUGAGCAUGAGAGCAGAUAUGAACAAAGCCAUGACAAAGGAAUAAAUCAGGGCAAUGGUGAUAACUCUAGUCCUAAUGAAGAUGAUACCGAACUUGAUACCUGUGAUCAUCAGAUGGAUCUCGCUUCCCAGAAUCACGAAUUCGGGUUAUUGGAGAAUAAUAAUCAAUUGACUGUUAUUGACAGCAAUGAAAUGGAUGACUUAGAGCUUAGUCAAGACAUGAGUAUUGUAGCUGCCCCAGAUAUGUCCGUUCACCAGGGACACCUGGUCGCAACACCUGUCCUCCAAUCGAGAACUUUGAUGCCAGCUCCAACACAUGAAUUGACCGUUGGGCUAGAGUUUUCUGAUGUCAAGAGUUGUCGGAGGGCACUGAGAGACACUGCAAUCGCGCUUCACUUUGAGAUACAGACUGUGAAAUCUGACAAGACCCGUUUUACUGCCAAAUGCGCAAGUGAAGGGUGUCCUUGGCGGAUUCACGCCGCGAAGCUUCCAGGUGUUCCUACCUUCACUAUCAGGACUAUUCACGACCAACACACUUGUGGUGGAAUCACCCAUUUGGGCCAUCAACAGGCUUCAGUCCAGUGGGUCGCGAGUUCUGUGGAACAAAGCCUUAGGGAAAACCCACAUUACAAGCCAAAGGAGAUAUUGGAGGAGAUUCAUCGGGUUCAUGGUAUCACAUUAUCAUACAAGCAAGCCUGGAGAGGGAAGGAGAGGAUCAUGGCUGCCGUUCGUGGGUCAUUUGAAGAAGACUACCGUAUCCUUCCUCAGUAUUGUAACCAGAUUAGACGGACAAAUCCAGGCAGUAUCGCUUCAGUUUAUGUGAAUCCAGCGGAUAACUGCUUCCAACGUCUGUUUAUUUCGUUUCAAGCAUCAAUCUAUGGAUUCUUGAAUGCAUGUCGCCCGCUAAUUGGGCUAGAUAGAACCGUCCUGAAAAGCAAGUACCUUGGAACGUUGUUUUUCGCCACUGGUUUUGACGGGGAUGGUUCCUUAUUUCCUUUGGUGUUUGGUGUAGUGGACGAGGAAAACGAUGACAACUGGAUGUGGUUCCUUUCUGAGCUUCACAACCUGCUUGAGAACAACACUGAAAACAUGCCUAGGCUUACAAUCUUAUCAGACAGACAGAAGGGCAUCGUAGAAGGGGUGGAAGCAAACUUCCCUUCUGCCUUCCACGGGUUCUGCUUGCACCACCUCAGCGAAAGCUUCCGGAAGGAGUUCAAUAAUAGCAUACUCGUCAACCUCCUCUGGGAAGCUGCCAAUGCCCUCACAGUGAUCGAUUUCGAAGCAAAAGUCCUCGAAAUCGAGGAUGUAUCGCAGGAGGCAGCGUACUGGAUCCGAAGGGUUCCACCUCGGUUGUGGGCGACAGCCUACUUCGAGGGGACCCGGUUCGGGAAUCUAACCGCUAACAUAAUAGAAUUAUUGAAUUCGUGGAUACUCGAAGCCUCCGCGCUUCCAAUAAUCCAAAUGAUGGAGUCUAUCCGCCGGCAGUUAAUGACUUGGUUCAACGAGCGAAGGGAAACAAGUAUGCAGUGGGCAUCAAUACUCGUGCCUUCCGCUGAAAGACGCGUGUCAGAGGCACUCGAGCGGGCUCGGACCUAUCAGGUGCUCCGAGCAAACGAAGCAGAAUUCGAAGUUAUAUCCCACGAGGGAACAAAUGUGGUUGACAUCAGAAAUCGUUGUUGUUCGUGUAGAGGGUGGCAGCUUUACGGCCUACCUUGUGCUCAUGCCGUGGCAGCCCUACUUUCGUGCCGGCAGAAUGUGCAUCGGUUCACGGAGAGUUGUUUUACGGUGGCAACAUAUCGGAAAGCGUAUUCUCAGACGAUACACCCGGUUCCGGAUAGGACCCUUUGGAAGGAGACACUAGAUGGUGGGUUGCAGAGCGAAAGCGACGGGUCUGAUGCAAUCGUGAACCCGCCAAAGUCGCUUCGGCCUCCAGCUCGACCCCGGAAAAGGCGAGCUCGGACAGAAGAGAAGGGGAGAGCAAAACGGGUCGUCCGUUGCAGCCGUUGUAAUCAAACUGGCCAUUUCAGAACCACCUGUGCAGCACCCAUAUAGAUCGUUUUAUCUUUAACUUAGGCUAUUUCUAGGUAUUCUUCUAUAUCUUUUUAGUUACUUGUAUUCCUUGUUUUUCCCUGAAUGUGAGGAACGGAGGCAUCAGUGUACUGCAUAUUGUCCGGUGUUUUUGUUGUUGUUUUGUUCCGUUUUUUUGGCGCCAUUUUUCUGAGUCGAGGGUCUUGGACUGUUGAAUCUUGACAAGAUUUGCGCUGAACAUUCCUAGUUCCCUGCAUUCGACAUCAUUUUCACCUGAAAUUGAGCGCACGCUGAACAUUCCUGGUUCCCA